GAAAUAAAGAGCUAAACUCCUUCCCCAUUCACUCACUCACGUUUUUUUCUAUUCGGACCAAAAAAAAAAUGGCCAUCACUCUCUUCCAAUGCACUCUUCUCCGGCACUCUGUUCUAACAUACGCCACCUAUGCGCACUCCUCUUCUUCCCCCCUUAACCUGAACCCCCAUCAUUAACCACUACAAAGCUCAUAAUAAUAACCAACCCAUUUUCUUAUUCUGAACCUCUUUUUUAAAUGGCUUUCAUUGCUUUUUUCUUCUUCGUGGUGCUCUGCGCACCCUUCUUAUCCUGCGCCGGCGCCGCCGAGACUCAAGCCGAGAUAGACGCACUCAUUUCUUUUAAGAUCAACCUUCACGACCCGCUCGGCUCGCUCGGCGGCUGGGACGCUGGUACGCCGUCGGCUCCGUGUGACUGGCGAGGAGUUGAGUGUACUAAUAACAGAGUCACUGAGCUCAGGUUGCCGAGUCUCCAACUCGCUGGUCGACUCAGUGACCAUAUCGGAAACCUUCGAAUGCUUCAGAAACUCAGUCUUCGUUCAAACUCGUUCAAUGGCUCGAUUCCUUCGUCUAUCUCCAAAUGCACGCUUCUCCGGUCUUUGUUCUUGCAGUACAACUCAUUUUCCGGUAAUAUACCGUCGGAGAUCGGGAAUCUUACCAGUCUACAAAUCCUCAACGUCGCACAGAACCAUCUCUCCGGUAACAUUCCCGGUAACCUCCCUCCGGCGCUUAAGUACUUGGAUCUUUCCUCAAACAGUUUCUCCGGCGACAUUCCGAGAAGUAUUUCGAACAUGACGGAGGUUCAGCUUGUCAACCUCUCUUACAAUCAGUUCGCCGGAGAGAUUCCGGCGAGUUUUGGUGAGCUUCAAGAGCUUCAGUAUCUAUGGCUGGAUUAUAAUCUCUUGGUAGGUACUUUACCUUCUGCGUUAGCUAAUUGUUCUUCACUCAUGCAUUUGAGUGUGGAAGGGAAUGGUCUCGGAGGAGUGAUCCCGGCCGCCAUUGGAGCUCUACCGAAGCUUCAGGUGCUUUCAUUGUCGCUUAAUAAUCUCUCUGGUUCAGUUCCUUCUUCGAUGUUUUGUAAUGUUUCUGUCUAUACGGCGUCGCUUCGGAUCGUUCAAUUAGGGUUUAAUGCGUUCACGGAUAUUAUUGGUCCCAAAAAUGGGGAAUGCUACAGUACUCUUCAAGUUCUCGAUCUUCAACACAAUAAAAUACAAGGAGAGUUUCCUUCCUUUUUAGGACAAGUCGUAACAUUAACGAGGUUAGAUUUUUCGGGUAACUCUUUCUCUGGUUUGAUUCCGCUUGGGAUUGGUAACAUGUCGAAAUUGGAAGAGCUGAAACUGACCAAUAAUUCUUUUAGCGGCGAUGUUCCGGUUGAUAUCGAGAAAUGUAGCUCAUUGCGGGUUCUUGAUCUCGAAGGGAAUCGCUUAACUGGUGAUUUACCUGUGUUUUUGGGUUCUUUAGUGGGUUUGAGAAUCUUAGCUCUUGGGGAGAAUCAGUUUUCCGGUUCGAUUCCCGGGAGUUUUACCAACCUUUCGGGGUUGGAGACUUUGAGUUUGAGAAGCAAUUUGUUGACUGGAGCAAUGCCGGAGGUUGAGCUGGUGGGUUUGAGCAAUUUGACUAGUUUGGAUCUUAGUGGGAACAAGUUCUCAGGUGAUGUUGUUGAGAGUAUUGGGAAUCUUAGCCGGUUAAAGGUUCUGAAUCUGAGUGGGAAUAGCUUUUCUGGCAGGGUUCCGGCUAGUGUGGGAAAUCUUUUCAGGCUUACUACUUUGGAUUUGAGCAAACAAAAUCUCUCUGGUGAAUUGCCAUUUGAGCUCUCUGGUUUGCCUAAUUUGCAAGUUAUUGCAUUGCAGGAGAACAAGUUGUCUGGGGAUGUUCCUGAAGGUUUCAGUAGCUUGAUGAGUCUAAGAUACUUGAAUCUCAGCUCCAAUGACUUCUCUGGUCAUAUUCCAUCAAACUAUGGUUUUCUUCGGUCUUUAGUUGUUCUCUCAUUGUCAAAUAACCACAUUUCUGGAUUGAUUACUCCAGAGCUUGGUAAUUGCUCUGGCCUUGAAGUUUUACAGCUCGAUUCGAAUUUAUUCACCGGACACAUUCCGGCUGAUCUUUCUCGGCUUACACAUUUUCUUGAGCUCAAUUUGGGUACCAACAACUUAACAGGUGAAAUCCCAGAGGAAAUCUCAAAAUGCUCAUCCCUAAAAGCUUUGAGACUAAACUCGAAUAGGCUUUCGGGUGACAUUCCUGCAUCAUUGGCUCAGUUAUCGAAUCUAACAACAUUGGAUCUUUCUUCUAACAACUUGAGUGGAAAGAUUCCAGAUAAUCUGUCAUUACUUACUGGUUUAGUAAGCUUCAAUGUAUCAAAAAACAAUCUUGAAGGCGAGAUUCCGGGUACUCUGGGGUCUAGAAUCAAUAAUCCAUCUGCAUUUGCUGAUAACCAACGCUUGUGUGGAAAGCCAUUAGAUAAGAAAUGCGAAGAAGUAACAGACAAAGACAGAAAGAAGAGACUAAUUUUGUUAGUUGUUGUGGCCGCCAGUGGAGCUUGCUUACUAGCAUUAUGUUGUUGCUUCUACAUUUUCAGCCUCUUAAGAUGGCGAAAAAGGCUGAAACAAAAGGCUUCAGGGGAAAAGAAAAGGAGUCCAGCCCGAGCAAGUUCGGGUGCCAGUGGAGGCAGAGGAAGCACAGACAAUGGCGGCCCGAAACUAACCAUGUUCAACACCAAGAUCACCCUAGCCGAAACAGUCGAAGCAACUAGACAAUUCGACGAAGAAAACGUACUAAGCAGAACACGUUACGGAUUAGCAUUCAAAGCCUGUUACAACGACGGAAUGGUACUCACAAUUAGGCGUCUACCCGACGGAGCACUAGACGAAAACAUCUUCCGAAAAGAAGCGGAUUCAAUAGGCCGAAUUCGCCACCGCAACCUCACCGUUCUCCGCGGCUACUACGCCGGACCACCAGACUUAAGACUCUUGGUCUACGACUACAUGCCCAAUGGAAACCUCGCUACACUCCUCCAAGAAGCAUCACACCAAGACGGUCACGUCUUGAAUUGGCCAAUGCGCCACCUAAUAGCACUUGGAAUCGCAAGAGGGUUAGCUUUUCUCCACACAUCGUCAAUAGUCCACGGCGACGUUAAACCCCAAAACGUCCUAUUCGACGCAGAUUUCGAAGCCCAUUUAUCAGAUUUCGGCUUGGAACGUCUCACACUCCCCACCCCAUCUGAAGCCUCGACUUCCACCAAUGUCGGAACUUUAGGCUACGUUUCACCUGAAGCCGUGUUAACUGGGGAAUUAAGCAAAGAAUCCGAUGUUUACAGCUUUGGUAUUGUCUUGCUCGAACUACUCACCGGAAAAAGACCAGUGAUGUUCAAUCAAGACGAAGAAGAUAUUGUCAAAUGGGUUAAGAAACAACUUCAAAAAGGUCAAAUUACUGAGCUUUUGGAACCGGGGUUGCUUGAACUUGACCCUGAAUCUUCAGAAUGGGAAGAGUUUUUGCUCGGAGUCAAAGUCGGGUUGCUCUGCACAGCUCCGGAUCCUCUUGACCGACCUACCAUGUCCGAUAUCGUAUUCAUGCUCGAAGGUUGUCGGGUCGGACCCGAUAUACCAUCUUCAGCUGACCCGACUUCUCAACCUUCUCCGGCUUAACCUGAAACUGAAACUUUCCGUUUCCCAAAAUACCCUUAACCAACCCUUUUAUUAUUAUUUUCAUUUUUCUUUUUCUUUUUUUGGUUAACUGUAGUUUUUGGCUGUUAUUUCUUGUCAUCAUUUUUCCCAUUUUCUUUUUUUAAAAAAAAAUUGGUUUUGAGUGGGGUCCACGUGGAUUCGAAGCAUAAAAGUCCAAGUGUCUCAGUCAACUACAUAGACUAUCGCUGUUUAUAAAUAGCCCGAAUUGGACAAAAUUGGGCCCCACGUAACUGAUUCCCGCCAAAUCCGAAGGACUAUUCUGAUUUUUUCACGUGGCUUCAGUCUGCAUUUUGGUUUUUUUUUUUAAUAUGCCCAAAAAAAAUAUUCAUAAAAAUGUAGCCGUUAACCUCUUGGAUUUUUGUCUAAGAUCCAAAUUAUAUAUAAAAAAAAAGAGGGUUUUUUAUUUUUUAAA